GGUUCAGUUUACCUGGCGUGACGUCGUAAUUUUCGGCUCAGUCGGAGUAAAAUUGACGAUUUUGAACUCGCUUUAACUUUUUCUUUCACUUUUAUAAAGUCUGAAUUUUUUCAUAAAUGCAACGUAAAUAAGUUGCUCUUUUAAAUGGUACUAAUUUUUAAACGUCAUCUUUUAUAUCUAGUUAUAUUUCCCCGUAGUCAAAAAUGCUCGGUUUUUCGUCUUUAGCAUUUGUAAUACAACUUGGAUGCUAGUUUUGCUCGAUUUUUGCACAAGUCGCGCAGUUUGAUUGGAUUUCCGCAAGCUAUACGUAAUGACAGCUAAUAUAUCAGCCAAUCAGGGAAGAGGUUACAAACUGCAGAUUGAAUAUAGACUGGAAUUCCCCCUCUCCGAUGUAAACACGAAGGCCCAAAGACACUGCGUUGUAUGUUUCGUGAAUUCCAUAUGGCCGCCGCGGAAUCCCCAGUGAAACAUGACCUUGAUAACCUUACCGACGUCAACAUCGGCGACAUGGCAGAAGCGAACGUUAUAACAGACAUCAGAAUAGAUUUGGAAAAAAAAUGCCCAACAAAUGGAGAUAUCAUCAAAUGUCUUGAUGGAGAGAGAAGCUUUCCUGAAAACCUUGAAUUUCUUAAAACCAAAUACCCAACCUCAAAGUGGGAAAAUUGCUCUGUGCGUGUUUUUCGCACAAAGAUAUUUAGAUUAAAGAAAAAAAUCAAGGAUCUAAAGAAAAACAAAAUUGCAGAAGGCUUAUCAGAACUGCUCAGCCAAGAAUUUGAAUUUCCUGUUCCAAACAUUGAGCUUCCAGUAUUUGAUGACAACAUCAAAACUCAGAAGCUGAAUUAUCUUGUCAACAAAACAAAAGAUGUUGUGUUUGAAAACCGCCAGCUAAAGAGAGAGCUUGUUGAUGAACAAGAACAACUGAGCAAUUUGAAUUUACAAAUAUUUCAUUAUGAAAAAAAAAUUGAUUUGUUAUUGAGAGUGUUAGAUUCUUGUACAUUGAAACAUCAAGAAACAUUGUCAAAAACUAAAGAUUUGAAAGUGUUAGAGAGAGAGUGUAAGCACUGGGAAAAAAAGUAUGAUGACUUGUCAAAAAAGCUAGAUAAAUCUUUAGAACAUUUUGAACUUUUAAAAGAAAAAGUUAGAAAACUUGAUGCCAGAAAUUCAAACAAGAAGUUGAAACGUAGAGAUCAGAGAAUAGAAAAUCAGAGAAUUGAACUGGAUAAUAAGAAUGAAGUGUUAAGAGAGAAAGAGAAAGAAAUGCAAGAAUUGAGAGAAGAGAGUGAAAGAAAGAAUGCACAAGUAGAGAACCUCAAAAAAGAAAAGAGAAAUCUGCUGGUUAAGAUUUGUAGAUUAAACAAAAAAAGGGAAAAUGAAUUUGACAAUUUUAUUUCUGAAAAUGUUGAACAAAUUAUGAAACUGAGACAGGAAAUCAAAAUUAAAGAGGAAAAGAUAAUAGAGCUUGAAGAAAUCAACAAUGUUCUAUUAAAUGAGUCUAAUAUAACUUCUUUCUGUGAUGGGAAGUACACAAAUGAAAUUCGUGAAACAAUAAUGACACUAACAACUGAGUGCGGUGUUAGUUGCAAAAAAGUAAAUCAAGUAAUUCAAACCGUCUUAAAAAAUAUUACAGGCAAAACAUUGUCGAGACUUCCAAGUGCUGGUGUUAGGUCUAGGUUGCUUAUUGAAGCAAAACAUAUUGCCCAGUGUCAGGUUGUACAUGCCAUGGUUAAUUCAUGUGACAUAGGUGAUAUGAAAGGUAACUGUCUACAUCAGGAUGGAACUUCAAAGUUCCAUAAACAAUUUCAGUCAUUUCAAUUGACCACACCUGAACAUAGGUCUUGCUCAAUUGGAAUGACUGAAAUUGGCAGUGCAGAUGCUGAUAGUCUGAUGAAAGCUUUUCAAGCAAAUAUUUCUGAAUUGUCAAACUGCUUACAUAAUGAAGACAAAUCUUUCUCUAAACUUGUAGCAACUAUUAUUUCAACAAUGUCAGACCAGGGUGCAACAAACCCAGUUUUUAAUAGACAGUUAGAGGAAUUGCGGCAAAGUCUUCUUCCUGAUGUUCUAAAGAAUUGGGAUGAAAUGCCAGAAAUUAACAGAAAAGAAAUGGGGAGGGUGGCAUCAUUUUUUUGCAAAAUGCAUGUAUUUGUAAACAUGGCAAGUGAAGUUGACAAGUGUUUAAGUGUUUUUGAAAACAAUGUUUGUUCAGGAAAGAAUCCUUACAGUUUUGAUUGGAAGGAAAGUGGUGCCUCAAGACUGACUAGAACAGUUAGCAAGGCAUUAACAAUGCAUGGCUGUGAAAAGUCAGGAGUGGGGUCCCACUUCUCCACCCACUUGAAAGAAAAGGGUGUAAAAAAUAAACUUAUAACCUUUAGAGGACAUAGGUUUAACCAUCUUUUUUAUGCAGCUGGGGCUACAUAUCACCAUUUAGCAGAUAUCAAAACAUUUCUUGACAGUUGGUCAGAUCCUAAUGAAUUGUUGAAAAGCAUUUCUUUUGAUGUGAAUGAAAAAGUUUACACUAGCAGUCUUAGAGCUUUAGGUAUCAUAGACAAAAUAAUUACAGGUCCCUUCUGGAGGGUUAUUGAGAAAACAGAAAAUAUUUUGGAUUUGAACCCUGUGCUUCUCAACAUGAAGUUGAACUUACAAGACUUGUCACAAGAUGCAUCACCUCUUCUUGAAGGCCAUUUAAUUUUUCCAGAGGAGAGUGUGCAUAAAGAUGAGGUGUAUGAUUCUCUCUUUGAGAACACAGAUGAUGCAGUAUUUGAAACAUAUACUCAAAUGGCUUUAGAAUUGGCUUUAGGUGGCAUGUUGUUGAUACUUGAGAGGCAAGCAAAAGAUCAACUUCCUGGUGGAAUAUAUUAUGAACCAUCUGAAACUGAUCAAUUGAGAGCCGCUGCAGUACCAACAACAAACACAUGUUCUGAAAGAGAUUUUGCUCAACUAGAUGUUUUAAUGAGACUUAAACCAUCAGCUUCUACAACUGCAUAUGAGUCUGUAAUCAUGUGGACUAACAAUAAAACAUCUACUUGGUUAAAUUCUCUUUCAAAUAGUGAAAAAAGCUCCAUUAUUAAUGAUAUGUUGGUGGUUUAUGGCAGAAAAGAGAUGACAUCCAGUCUUACAAAUUAA